AUAAAGGUGUCUCCGGAGCGGGAGCCCUCCCAUAUGCCAUUUAGCAUCUCUGCUCAUAAGCUUGGACCAUUUCGGUGGGAGUUUGUCGCUCGCUGGUGUGCCUUUCCUCCGUUUCGGCCGCACACGGAAACGCGAAACGCGGUUGUCCGGUUCCUCCGAGUCACCGCCUCGCUUGAAACGGGCGUAAAGUGUCGCGGAUCGGGAAGUGAUUGAGGAAGAAGACGCUGGUCGUUUAUUAUUGUGAUAAAGGACAAGCGCUGAUUGAAAACUUAUAGUUAUACACCGGCGAGUACCACUGACCGCACUACGGACGCUAAUUCGAGUAACGGAGAUGUUGAGACGAAGGAUCUUCCUUUUGCUGCUUCUAUUUGCCGACGUGUUUGCCUACCCCACGGAAAUACCGGAUGCGGGAAGCGGAUUUUUCGAUCCGGAAUUCGGUCUUACGUUUUCCGGCGAUCCUCCGGAUGAAGAAACUCAAGACUCGCAGCGGGAAGCGGCCUUGACGAAGCUGCAACAGAUGUUCGGCAUACCCGAACCGAGCGAUAGGUCUGGCCGGCACAAAAUACCACCUCAGUUUAUGUUGGAACUCUACAACACGAUCGCCGAUCCCAGCGGUGUUACACGUGGCAAGAACCCCUACAACGCCAAGGUGGUGCGCAGUUUCAUUGAACGAGAUAGUUCCAUGUCGCAUUAUUAUCUGUUCAAUAUUUCGGGACUGGAAACGAACGAGUCCGUUCUAGAGGCGGAACUUCAUCUGUACCGGAAGAGAACCCCGCUCAAAGCCAUGCAUCCGGCGAUUCUUUCCUCUCCGUACUACCUCAUCCGAGUCUACCAAGUCCUGGAUGAACACCAGCUAGACACUCCGGACUUGCACAAGCUCUUGAACGUUCAUUACGUCGGAGCGCACGCGUCUGGGUGGCAGGUGUUCAACGUGAAGCAGGCGGUUCUUUCGUGGCUGUCGGGAGCCCCGAACCUCGGACUCUUGGUGACAGCGUCAAACCUCUUCGGCGACGAUGCUGCGGUUAAUUUCUGCCGAAGGAACGACUACCACCACAGUAAGCAGCCGAUCUUGGUGCUCUUCGACGACGACGGUAAGGAGGCGUCAACGGGGGAGAACAUAACUCCGCACUAUUACAAAUACUCAAAUAACCUCGAGGAAGAGACGUCCGAAGAGGCAGAUGCCGCCCACAAGGACCGCAAGGCUAGCCUCGAGGAGGAAGAAUCGGAGGACGAGCGAAGUCGCGGAAGACGCGAAGCGUCUUCGUCGAAGAAGGGCCAGAACUUCGUCUCGAAGACGAAGAAACUUCCGGGAGCUCUGAGCUCGAUGGACAUCUACGAGCGCGCGAUGCACCGGAAGAGGCUCAACAGGCUGACGAACACGGCCAGAGACGCGACUUCCUCGACUUCGGACUCGACCCUGAAACGUCGUCGACCCCGUUCGGCGUCCGCAGAGUCGAAUGACGAUACGACCCAAUGCGCGAGGCACAAACUCUACAUUGAUUUCGAGGAGGUCGGUUGGAACGACUACAUCAUCUCCCCCAAAGGGUACUCAGCUUACCACUGCAGGGGCCACUGCAACUUCCCCCUAAGCCAAGGCCAGCAUCCCACGAAUCACGCGACCGUCCAGAGCCUGGUUCACAUGUUGAGAAACGGAAAAGACGUCGACCAGCCAUGCUGCGUGCCGACGAAACUCCUAAGCAUCAGUGUCCUGUACUUCGACAACUUCGAUAACAUCAUCCUUAAACGGUACCAGGACAUGGUUGCGACACGCUGCGGAUGUCACUAGCGGGGAGAGGGAAAGAGUGUGAAGGGAAGAAAAAUUUAAUCUAAAUUUUACAUUUCGUGUGGUUAAUAUGCGGACGGAAAUUUUUUCGAGUCAAAUCAUACAUGAAUUGCGGUGGAUUUACCCGAGGAUAUUGUAAUUCUUGCUAUUCGUUUUGCAACUCUUUAUACUACCGGAUUUGGAAAUCUUGCCACAAUUGAUGUAGAUUUAACUCCAAAAAAACGUGCUUUUCAUAUAUUCACCACAGGAGAUGUAAAUUAUACAAUAUUUUACCUUCCGUGAUGUCAGUUUUCUUCAUUGCAUAUUUAUUUAAAUCCUCGAGUUAACGCGGGAGAGCGAAUGAGUCUCGUCGACGUCAAAAUGCAUAGAAAGAGAAAGAUGGGAUCGAACCGUAAAUAUAGUUAUAUUAUAUUGUAUAUAAGAACAUUCCUAGGGACAUUUUACUUUGCCUAUAACCGUAUACGUUAUUAUGAUAUAAUAUGUGAAAUCUCUAACGUGAUAUACAUAAGUGAUGAAUAUUAAAUUAUAUUAAUUAUAGUUGAAACCGAAGCUGUGUACAUAUCGUAUAAUAUUCUCUAUCGUUAUAAUAUCAUUACUAGUUCUUAUAUGUAGUGAUAACGCAAACGUAGGCUAAGACUGAUAA